GCGGAACCGGAGGCAGGAAAUGCGACAGUACUUCAAUGUCGGGCAACAAGCACAGAUUCCCAUCGCAACUGCCGGAGUUGUGUACCCUGGAGCCAUCGCCAUGGCAGGAAUGCCAUCCCCUCACCUGCCCUCAGAGCACUCAAGUGUGUCCAGCAGCCCAGAGCCUGGGAUGCCCGUGAUUCAGAGCACUUACGGCGUGAAGGGAGAGGAGCCUCAUAUCAAAGAGGAAAUCCAGGCUGAGGACAUCAACGGAGAGAUUUACGACGAGUAUGAUGAGGAAGAAGAUGACCCAGAUGUAGAUUAUGGGAGUGACAGCGAAAACCAUAUUGCAGGACAAGCCAACUGAUAAGGGCCGACAGACUGCGGUGAGCUGAGGACUUAAAGAAGCCCUAGCUGGUCCAUCCUUGCCAGUGGCCAAGCACAUUAACUUUCUCAUACACUGACUGUUAUUUUAACUGUUAGUCUUAAAUAGUUGGGACAUCAGCUGACAAAUAGACCUCAGCCUCAAAAGGCUCGGAAAGGAAAACCGUUACAAGCAAACGACAUCAACAAGCGAUUGAAAUAAGCUAUGGGUAAAAACAAUGCCAGUAACUCAGCUGCUACACCCCAGCACUGAAGUCUCACCCGUCAACUUUUUUUUUUUUAAUAAACUUUAUGGCUGUUUGUUCUAUAACUAGAAAUUCUCACUCAGGUACACAGUGCCAACAAGUGGCUUGUGAAUGUGUCUUGUUGUUUUGUGCUACAGUUUUUAAAAAGAAAUUAAGUUCUGUUUUGUUCUGUUUGGAUGGGGGGGGGUGGUUCUGGGUUUUCCUUUGACCUUUUCUUUCUUUUUUCCUCUUUUGUGAUUGUUGUCUUGCACCUGACAGAAAGAGGGAGAUGGGUGGUUGAUCCCUCCACCCUCCCUAUCUCUGCUUUAAAGAUGGUGGCCUGUGUGUGAGG